AUGGGGAAUGCAGCUUCUUGUGCUCCUUCGAUCAUCUUGAUCAUCUCCAGUGGAGUAGUUAAGGUCCUAUUCCCAAAUGGGAACAUGCAGAUAUAUACAAAACCAGUCAAAGCAGCAGAUCUAAUGCUAAAGAAUCCAGAACAAUUUGUGUGUGAUUCAAGCAGUCUAGAAGUUGAUUACAGGAUUCAUGGUCUAACGGCAGAUGAAGUGCUAGAGAGAUGCCAGCUCUACUUCCUUCUUCCCAUGGAAUUGCUCUACUCAGUGCUUACACACGAGGAAAUGAGCUCCAAGACACCAGAAAAUCAGGUGAGCAAGACAUCAUAUUCGGUUGAGAGGUACUCCAAGCAGAGAUCAUGGAAGCCAGCGUUGGAGACAAUUCUUGAAGCUCCCUGUAGGCAAUGA